GCUGAUGGGAAAGCUUCAUUCCGAUAUAUGAGUAACCUUCGACAAGCGUGCGACGCGGUGUCAAAAAUUUGGUAGCAUCAUCGCACUGUGAUCUCGCUUGAAUGUAGCUAUAGCGCCAUGGGAUGUGGGGGGAUUAGAUUCACUCUCGAUAGUCUCGUAAGGUUUGGAAACCAAUUUUUGGAGAUUAACAGGGAAUUUUUGGAUCACGUUCAGAACAAAAAUAAUGACAAUGCUCUACCGGGGUGAAAUGGUUUGUGCACAACUUACUAGAGCCCUAUUCAAGAUGCGAUACAUGCUACUAUAUUUGACUUUCACUUCUGUUGGCAGCAAACGAAUCAACUCUUUCGCGGGCCCAUUCACUGUGUACGGUACGAAGUUCGGCGUGUGUGACAGUCCGCCGGAUAAGCCUUGGCCCAGUCAAGUGUACCUCAGGCCAACCCACUUUAACCCUGCAAAGCCUAACGACGGCCAAAUACUUACCGGAAACGUGACGAUGCCUGAGGGCCUGAAUGACACCCGCCCCGGACAUGCUAGAGUCGACAUCUGGUCCAACAACCAGUGGAAGAAAAACGCCUUCAUCUUUAAUUUCCCCGGGGCGUGCACCGCCCUCAGGAAUAAUAUACCAAACUUUUUUGCUGCGCUUUUCGAUUUGCCGAGCGGCCCUAGCUCGUGGAAUACGCCCUGCAACGUGAAGCCAGGAACUUACAUCGUGGAUCAUAAACGAGUCUUCUGGACGUACCCUAACGUCCCUGUGUUCGUGUACGGCACGUACCGAAUCACCAUCACCGCAACCGAGCUGGAGAAAGUCGUUAUUUGCAUGUUCGGCGAGGGAACAAUUGUACCCCGUUUAUGACACCUUUGAAGCAGGUGGUGAGAUGAUAGGCAAAAUGUCCAUAUUUGACAUCCCAACUCUUUGCGCCGAGUUGAGCAAAUAAUUUUAACUUGUUUAA